GUGUGUUUUGUGUUUGACGCCACGGUGGAUUAGCGGUCCAUUAACGUGCCGGUUUUCAUUUAUUGCUGUGGUAUUAAGUGGCCUCUUGUGCAUAACUUGAUAUAAUGGAUCCUCGUGUGUUGCGAUUGCGACAAAAACGUUAGUGUAUGCGGGACACUGGGUUCACACGGAAUUAUCAAUGAGAAUCCAGCGUAGAUGAAUUAUAAACUGGCAGUUAUUGGCGAUGUGAUAACCAGGAUGAAAAAACUGUUCCAGAUGUGCAGUUCUUGGUAGUUGGUGUACAACUUUUACUACGAUGCCUUCUUAAAAAGUCAUCCGGAUGACGGCAUCAAUAAUUUUACACGUCCAUCCUACUUUGCACAGAAAACCGGCUUCCUCUGCUGAUAACUGGCGAGUUUGUUCCUGUCAUUUAAAACACUCCCUAAAUUCUUACUACAUCUGCUGUAUUUUAAUCGAUUCUUAAAGUGAUUUAGUAAAAAUGGACAACACAACCGUCACCUUUCCAAAUCAAUCAUUGAAUGCCGUAUGGAAUUUCGCCGCUGUUGGGCGCUUGUCAUUCGGUAUCGUCCAGGUGAUCCUCAACCUGGGUAUGCUGAUCGUCUUCAUGUUCCGCAAAGAUCUUCGCACCUCCUUCACCAUCUACAUCAUCUUUCUCUUAAUCGCCAAUCUCAUCUACGCCACGUGCCAAUACCCGUUGGAAGUCGUCCGGCAACUGUAUCCCCACUGGGCACUGUCCACCUCCGCAUGCGUUUUCUACAUCUACCAAUGCUGGAUCUUCUGUCCGGUCACCAUGCACAUGCACGUCCUCAUCACGCUCAACCGUAUCUGGGCCAUCGCCUUCCCGGUGUCGUACCGUAACCGACAUUCCAAAAGAAUGGCGGUGUUGUUGUGUAUAUUGAUGCUGUUGUAUCUUCACCUAUUUGUGCUGCCGUUAGUGAUUAUCGAUGCGGUGUGGUAUAAAGGCAAUGUGGCGGAGAAGGGGUGUUUUUUAAACGGGGAUGUGUACCGAGUGUACUCAAUUGUCGCGGCGAUCAUCACUCAAGAUUUGCCGGUGGUGUUUGUUGUUGGAGCGUAUCCGUUUCUGCUGUGUAAACAGUUUAAGAGGAAGAAGGGCGCACUGAAGAUUGUGGAUGUGGUCAGCAGGGCGGGUGCCACGGAAAUGGUUAACCGAAAUACGAGUCAGUUGGUUAUUGUGACGUCAAAACCGCCCACACAGGGGAAAGCCUCCCGCCCGUUCCUGGUGUUGACGCUCCUAACGAUCAGCGUCUUCAUCUUCUGGACACCGGACCAAACCCUGUGGACUGUCAACAGCUUCAUGGCCAUCAACGACCAGCCCGGACUACGCAACGCUACUAUGGUUCUAUUCGCUCUGCAGGCAGUCUUGGAUCCAAUACUCUUUAUCCUUAGUCUGAAGAGUUUUCGAGCGGUCAUUCGCAACAGUUUCUCCAGACUGGGAUGGCGACGCCACAACAAAGUGACGGACAUUAGCGCUAGCGUUGAAAUCGACGAUGAUCACUGA